AAAGCUGCCGAUCACUGGGGCUCAGUUUAUGUUGUGUUCUCGUGCGGUGUUCACAAACCUCGGUAAUGGCGCGGUUUCAAGUGAUUGUUUUGCUGGUGUCAGCAUGUAUCGCAUACUCUAUGGCAGGAACCUGUGUUGAUUUGAUUAAGAGGUUCAAAGAUGAACGGCCAUUCUUCAAGGUGAUCGAAUCACAGGGAGUCGAGAUUUAUUAUCCCCAACGGGAUAAACAGGAAAUGUUUGGAAUCAAGAUUUAUAAAAAUCAGGACCUGCGAAAAAAGGACCUUCGCUGUGAUUUGUGCGUUAACACCACGCUUGUAGAGGAUGGUUGUUUCAAGAUAUCUAGUAACCAGUUAAAUAUAGAGGUGCGAGACGUGCUGAAGUACGUGACGUUGACCAAAUUUUCUGAUUCACCAGAAGUUGCGGUUGCUUCCGCCAAAAAGAUAGAGUUCACAGAUUUCGUAAUUCCAACGGAAUGCGUUUGCCGGGAUCCGCCUGGCGGUUACUGUGCAAAGGCGUCCACCAAAAUAAUCGACUAUCGGCCUCUGUUCAAGUUGCACGAGCAAACCCGAUUCGCAGUCUACCUUCCGAAAGCGUCCGCAAAUGGUCUGACGGUUGGUUUGAAAGCAAUCCGGAAUGCUAACUUCUACCAUGGCGUUGAGAAGAAACUAGACCUUAAUAUUCAAUCAUUUUCCGAGCGAAAUGGUUGCUUCGUAUACGAUUCGCUAGUGCUUGCCCCUAAGUUUUCCUUGGGCGAUCAUUUGUCCUACGUUGUUGUCCGGAAGAAGCCCAAUGGGAAGAAGAUUCGCACUGAACCAAGAAAGGCAUUUCUAACAGAUUAUUUCAUCCCGUCAUCCUGUGCCUGUCAGUCGGAACAGCUCAAUCUGAUCAAAUCGACAAAGUUGUCCAAAAACUGAAUCAUGCGAAGACUCUGUAUCGUAAAACUUUUCCUUUCGUCAGCAGCUGCAGUGACGACGGAUUAACCUCAACUCGAAAAUUUUCAUCCUUUUUCACCCGUCGUCGGGCGUCGAACUUCCGGCCUCCCCACCUGCGAAAUCUAUUUAAUAUUUCCCAUUUGUUGGUUCUGUUUGCCGUAGGCCGUUUGGAGACCGACGGAAAGCUGCCAGUCAGCUUUGCAUCCCGUCGCCGCAGACAAUCCUUCCGAGCGGGGUGUCAACUCGUUUAUCGAGUUUCCAACGGUUCGCAACAAUUGUUGUACGUUUUGCGGUUAGUUUGCGGUGGAAAUCGGCAAGAUUUCUGUUGCUUUUUGAGCCAAAAUUCAUGAUUAUUAUAAAGGUACCUUUCAUGUUUCUGACCUAUCAUUGGGCGGUUGUGUGUGGCCAUAAAAUAUUUAUAUUAUUCGUAAGCAAACGAUAGUUCAGAGUGAUUAAACAGUAUGUUUACUUUUUUUCGACUAUAUUA